UAAGAAAUGACUCGCCAAAACAAGGUUAUAAUGACGCAAAUUCACGAGAACCCUGUGCGUUGUGAUCUAUUCUUCGUCGGAAAUCGAGCUUGCGUAAUACUUCUAAAUCAACAAGGACGAACUGAACGCGUCAGGUGAUUCUGUUGUAAACGGUUGUAUCAUUGCAAAUGGACUUUUUUUUAUUCCGAGUUGAAUCUCGCUGAUUUGACGUGCAAGAGUAUAAUCAGCCAACAGCACUCCCUCCCGCAGGGAGUUUUUUUUUGUUUGCAGCUGACCGUCGAUGCCGCCACCGCCACUCUAGUCAAGCCAACCGCCUCUUACCUGCCCGCAGUCAGUCAGUCGGUGCCUCUGUAACGCUCCAGUCGCAUUUUUACGUACCGCGUCGCGCAGGUGUUAAGCCCCCCCUUUCCUUUCCCUCUCCCCCCCUCAUUUCAUCUUUGUUGAACCUCCUUUUCCAUCUCGGUUCAACACACCAGCGGAUGACAGUACACAACUCUUAAGGAUUAUAUUUUAUUCUUCGUAACCACAUAAGGUGAACCAAGAUGAACAAGUAGUCGACGGAUAAACCGGUCUCCGACAGUUUUGCUGAAAUCAAAUUGUUCACAUAAAAGGUCUAUCACGAUGCGUCUCUUAAUGACGGCGUGGGGCGUGAUUUUCACCGUCGCGCUCUACUCUCAAAGUCGGAUCCCUGGUGUUUUGGCCCAAUCCAACUACGCUGAGCGCGGAGUCGACAUCGAGUACCAAGGCAAUGGCAUACCGCUCGAGGCUACGCUGGAUGGCGUCGUCACGAAAUUGGACGACCUCACCAACAUCAUCCGCACCAACAGGUCGUCGGCCAGCUUGAGCUGCGCCUCGAGGGCUAUGGAAGUGGAUCUUGAAUUUCCCGAGCCGUUUUACGGAAUUGUCUAUUCCAAUUUCGACCGACGAAGCGCUUGCUCUUUUGUCGGCAAAGGAGGAACCAAAUAUCAUUACGAAUUCCCGCUGUCCGGAUGUGGAACCAUCCAGGAUCCGUCACGCGUUUUCACCAACAACAUUCUCGUCCGUUUCCAUCCAUCAUUGGAAUUGGAGGGCGACGAAGUUAAAACGAUUGUUUGCCGCUACCCAGAGCCAGUGGUUCCUCCGCCACUUGGUCCACCACUGCCCAUUUCGGUGGCCAAUACACCGGUCGGAGAUCCUGUCCCCAACCGUUUGGCCGAACCGCAAAUUUUGAUGAUCAUCUGCGCUCUACUCUUCCUGGCCAUGAUGCUCUUUGGCGUUGCCUGCUCAUAUUUUUGCUUGAAGCAACGCAACAUCAGACUCAUCCGCCGUCGCAGACUCAUUCCGUCUUCCGGAUUGGGCUCAGAAAUUACCGGAAUUACGGAUCAGACCAUUUUCCCGCCGUUCGCAGGACUCAAAAUUCCUCGAGCUCACGCUUCCAGCUCAGGAUCCGAUCAGCAACCGAUCGUCGAAUCCAGCGAUACGCUGCCCAGCGACUACCCGUCGGAAUCGCGCAGUGGCAGCGAGAUGGAAGAAGGCGGAGGCUGCUACCGAAGAGACAGUACCGUCAGUUCAACUAUUAUUCAACGUGAAGAAGCUCCUCCAGCUCUCGGACAAGUCUACGAUCCGGAAUUGUCCAGCGUCUAUUCCGACACUCACAAUCAAUUCGAUAUUGACACGUUCAAUCUGCCAACCACUAUUCCACGUGUCGAUCCUUCCUUCGAUGUGGCAUUCCGCGUCAAAGAACGUCGCGAGCGCAGUCCAGCGCCGUCGUCCGUGACCUCCGAUGACAGCCGAGCUCCGAGCGUCGCAAAUAUCCUCACAGCCCAAGAAAGAGCAUUGACGACGAUUUUGGAACGUGAAGAAUGGCGCCAAUCGGAAACUCAGACGGUCACGGCUAGUAUGAUUGAAGCUCCGCCCCUCAAUAGUCCAGCGGAUACGUGCGAUGCCCCUCCACCUGGUUACGCCCAGGUACAACGCAAACCUCGUUCCAUCAGUCCGGCACGAUCCCUAGAAAGUCAACCGCGCUCUGUCGGUGAGAUGGUGUUGAAAUCCAGCCGCCCUUACGUCAGACCUCAACCGGAUGCAACUUUCCGUGUCACGACGGAAAUACCUGAGCGUCACGAAACGGAACGGACGCUCGUGAUCAACGAAGAUAUCCAAUUGCAUACAAAUACGUUCCGGCACAUGAAGGAGGAUGAAGAGACGGAAACGAUGAUCAUCCCAACUCCAGAGCGUCCGGUUCCGCCUCCCAAACUCAGCACGCAAGAAGUUGACGACCUUUAUUUGCAGACCAUCACCGAGACUCGCAUCAUCGAUGAGGAGGAGCGCAUCCGCCGCCAGAAGACGGAAUACCUUCAUCGCAAAAAACCGGCACCUCUUCCGCCCAAUUGGGAUGUGGCCAUCCGCUCUCAUCCGCCCGCUCAACCACCACCACGAUCGCCUAGCGACACCACCGUGUCGACCAUGCCGGAUUGGGACAUCAAGAUCCGUCAGUAUCCUCCGGUUUAUGAGCCUCGUACUCCUAGCGAAUCGACCAACUGGGAUGGAAUGAGUCACAUGACUGAGCCUCAACCUCCGCCGGAAUUCGACGUUACCAUCCGCCAGUAUCCUCCAGUUUACGAGCCUCGCACUCCAAGUGAAUCGACCGUCUGGGACGCCAUGAGUCACGUGACUGAGCCGCAUCAACCGGCUCCUGAUUUCGAUGUCAAGAUCCGUCAGUAUCCUCCAGUGUACGAGCCACGCACUCCGAGCGAGUCUACCAAUUGGGAUGGAAUGAGUCACGUGACUGAGCCUCAACCACCACCAGAUUUUGAUGUGACCAUCCGCCAAUAUCCGCCCGUUUACCAGCCGCGUUCUCCUAGCGAAUCGACCGUUUGGGAUACUAUGAGUCACAUGACCGAGCCGCAACCACCACCGGAUUGGGACGUUACUAUUCGCCAAUAUCCUCCUGUUUACGAGCCCCGUAGUCCCAGCCAGUCUACCAACUGGGACGGAAUGAGCCAAGUUGAUCCAAAUCCGCCGUCUGAGCCUCCACCGGAUUGGGAUGUCAAGAUCCGUCAGUAUCCGCCCAUCCAUUCUCCUCGAGUACCGAGUGAGAGUACCGACUGGGAUCCAUCUGAAUACGCCCGAUCCAUCAGCGAGCCACCGCCUCCCAACUGGGACGUUUUGGUCCGCGUCUUGAAUCCUCCUCUUCCGGAAUACACGACCGACGACGACGAUGCAACUUCAGUUUUGACCAUUGAAGACCGUCAGAAAUGGCAGCAAAUUAUCACUACCGAAUCGACACUGCGCACCAUGUUGACUGAAGCCGUCGUUCAUGAAGAUUUCGAACGCAUCCGUCGCGACACUCGCUUCCAGCGUGUUUUCGAACCCAAGAAAUGGGAUGUCAUCAUCCGCGUUUUGUCCGCUCCGCCCAAUCCCAUUAGAGAUGAUUCCAGCGACACUCGCUCCGAGACGACCGUCAACUCGGAGCCCAUCCGGCCUCACCGCCGAGAUCCGCGCAGCAGCCGCAGCAGUUCAUUGGCUCCUGUACACGAGACCGAAUUCCAUCAACGUAUGACGACAUCCCAUACGGCCCAUCACGAAUUCCGGUACCAUCAGCGAGGUGAUCCUGACAUCUGGAGCGAAGCUAGCGCAAAUACGCACCGCUCCAGCGCUUAUCCGCGCAGCACGGCGGAUCGAUCCAUGCACAGCGAAAUGGUGGAACAUUUGGAUCGCCGGCCACCUCGUGAAUGGGACGGCUACUCCGACAACGACGACGGAAGUCGCCCGUCGUUAGCUCGGAGCACUUCCGAAUUUACCGAGAAUUGGCCGCAGCGAUUGCCUUACGAUCGCGUUUCAAACGCCAGCGAAAACUUUUCCACGGCUUCGUCAUCGCGGAAGAACAGCCGAGCUGGAAGAAGGCCGAUGCUGGAACGUUCGUCGACUGAAGUGAUGGAAGAUGUGCCACAACGUCAAGCCGGAAGAGACAGAUCGAGUACCGCCAGCAGCAACAGCGAUUCAUCGCGUGAUUUUGCUCGCCGUGUCCCGUACGAACGAAUUUCUUCCAGCGAAUCGGAAUCCGGUCCUAGGGAAUAAAAAAACAAACAAUAAUUCCCUAUUAUUAUUUUUAGAAAUUUUUUACGGAUAUGGUUUUUAGGGUUUUAUAGGCAAGUUGGCUUUUUUCUUCAUUUACACCAAAACUGUAACGAUUCCGGCCGGAAGUUUGUACAGUUGUCCUCUUCUUCUCUCUUUUUUUUACGAUGCAUGACCUAAUCUAAAAAGAAAUAUGUGCCACAAUAGUAACCAUACAAAAUUAAGGUCCUGCCGCUAAAAAAAAUGAUAAAGUUGCCGAGCCCUGGAAUGCAGUUUUUGAUUUUUAUAUUCUUCUUCUUUUUGUUUCAUUACUUAUUUAGCUUCUCAGGCCUUAAUCUCUGGGGGGAAAAAACGAUUUAAAAAGACAAUUGCUCUCUAGCAGUCAGCUUCAUUCUCCGCUAGAAGAAAAGCUAAAAAAGAAUCAAAUUUUUCUUUGAAAAU